AUGUUUUGUCUGACAUUAACUGACUUAAAAUAUAACAAAACAUAUACAAUAUCAAUAGCUGCCCAGAAUCAGGGAAUACCCUACAAAGCAUCGGAAACUGAAUUAAGCGGAACAACAUUAGUAAAAGUUCCACAACCAACACAACAUCUAAUAGCUUCUUGGAACUCGACGCAAUUUCUAGAUUUGGAACAGGAACAUCUCUAUAAAACAAAUGGGACUUAUCUGGGAUUUGAAAUCAGUGUAAAUGGUCAAAAGUUUUUUCAUAAAGGUUUAGAGAAUGUGACCUACACUCACCAAGUACUCAUAAACUGCCACAAUUUCACUGUGUUACUACCAACAAUUGAAAACACUGAAACAAUUAGUGUUCUGUAUAUUGUAGUGCUCACCAGUCAACAGGACCAUAUAGGUGAUUGCAGAGAUAAUAUUGAAAGUAUUCACGAUUCUCUUGUUCCAAUUAAAGAAAACCAAACAUGUUGGAUAGUUGGGCAUUAUGAGCUCAAGGAAUACAAAGAUAUUGAAGAUACAGAAUUAAAUAUUAACAUACUUGAAAUGGCUGAAUUUACUUGCACUGAAAAGUUGUAUGAAGAAGGGAUAUUGAUUGUCAAUGAGUUAGCUCCAAACAAAGUUAGAAACUUAACAAUUAUUUCCUCAUCAUCAAGUAAACUUAAUGUUGUCUGGAAAGCACCAACACCUGUUUUGGGUAUUAUUACCAAUUAUGUGGUUACAUGGAUGUUUUUUGAUAAAAGAGGCUGUAAAAUAGCAAAUAGAAUAUCAAAUAUUCAAUCAACAUAUUCAACUUAUAAUAUAACAGUAUCAGCAGUUACCAAGAAAGGUCAAGGAGACAUUGAGAAUAUUUUAGGAUUUACUGAUGUAGCUGAAACAAUUGACAUAAAUACUUUUAAUCGUAGAAUUAUCACUUUAGAAACUUCAAUUCAGAUAGGAUUAGUUGUUGAUUGUGAACAUUGGAAUGGUCCAAUCUAUCUCAAUGCAUAUGCUAUUUGUAUGAGUGAAUGGUGUGAAGGACAAUGGGUUAAUAUUACAAAGCACAUGCAAUAUAAUGAUAUUACUACACUUGAUAGUGUACUUCCAUAUACAAAUUACAAGUUAGAAGUAAAUAUAUUUCGUAAUAAAAUGGAUAGAAUUAAUGAUUAUAACAAAUCUUGGUCAACUGUCUGGAUGACAUUAUCAGGUGUACCAAAUCAAAUUCCAUUUGCGGAAGUAUAUAGCUUAUCAGAAACAAGUUUGUCACUGAGAUGGAGUCCACCUUAUCCACCAACUGGAAUUCUGGAUUCAUUUGUAAUAAAAUAUUAUUACACUUCAGAAGAACAUAGCACGCCUCAAACUUAUAUUAAUUAUUUGAGUCCAUGUAAAAUAUGGACAAAUAUGUAUUGCACUACAUUAACUAAUCUUAUACCCAACAAAAAUUACAUAAUAUCAAUUGCUGGGCAAAAUCAGGGUAUAUCAGAAUAUGGAUUAGAAACAAUUUUAAACGAAACCACAUUGAUUGGAGUCCCGCAACCUCCAGUAAAUUUGGUUGCAAAUUGGAAUGAGUCUCGAUUUCUGGAGUUGCAAUGGCAACAUCCCAAUAAAACAAAUGGACCACUUUUAAAAUUUGAAAUCAUUGUGAAUGGACAACAAUAUUAUCACGAAACGCCAUUUCAGUGUAAACUUGAUACUCAUCAGGCAAUCGUUUCUAUACAAACAGUUAACUCAAAAUUUACUUCUGCUUUGCUUACUCAACAAUAUGUUUGUCCAAUUUUAAAACCAUCCCUCAGCACUGAGCCCUUUCUAAGACAAAAUGACAACAAUUCUAUAACUAUUUCAAUGUCGAAUAUUCACAAUGAUGAAGCAAUUAGCAAUUUGUACAUAAUUUUCCUUGCAAAUAAAUUGGACGAUACCAGCGAUUGCAGAGAAAAAUUAGAAGAAAAUCAUAAGUCACUUGUUCCAAUCAAAGAGAAACAGAGAUGUUGGAUUGUUGGGCACUACCAGAAAAGUGAAUACAAAGACAUUGUCGGAACAGACGUAAAUAUAAACCUAUCUCAAAUACCAGGAUUUAACUGUACUGGAGAGCUUUGUGAAAUAGGCAUAUUGAUUGUCAAUGAGUUAGAUGACCAAAUAUCAUCUAAUUGGUAUCUGGCAAAACAAAGCAAAUUGGAAAAUACCGAGUUUCCAAACAUGUUCGAAUUUUUCUUGCUUUUAACAACAAUAAUAAUAAAUAUUAUUCUUAUACUCGUGUACUGGAGGAAUAUUCGUCCUAGAGAAGACACUAACACACCCUAUCUUCGACAUUCCAAUACACCAGAUCACCAACUACUUCCAAUGGAAGAAUUCAGUUCUAGUGAAGAUAAAAAUGAGAAAUAUUCCAGACUGGUAGCUGUAGAUCAAUUUUACGAAUAUGUAAAAAGCGUGGCAAAUGGGUACGAGUUGACCACGGAGUUUAAUGAAAUCUUUGCAUUAACCCAGAAAAACGAUAAAUUGCGUCAUGUAUAUUCAGCAGUAGAGUGCUUUGAUGCUACUUACAUAGCUAGUCCUUUUUAUGACAAGGCGUAUAUUUUCUGUUCGGCUCCUACGGUUUCUAAUCACUACCUGUUUUGGAAGAUGAUCAUAGAAGAAGAAAUAGAAAACAUUGUGCUUUUUGCGAGCACAGACGAUAUAAAAAAUGAAAAGCUUUUCCAAUAUUGGCCUGAUAAUCGCUCAAUUGAAUCAAUUCUCCUCUCAAAUAUCAAAGUAACAGCUAUGAAAGUAUACCCAUUUAAAAGUUACAAGAUACACCAUUUUCGAGUUCAGCAAGCUAAUAUUGUAAGACAGACUCGUUUCUUGCACUUCACAAAUUGGGAUAAAGAUGGAACGCAAAUAUAUCCCCGCAGUAUAGAUUCAUUUCUACAAUUACUUCAGACGAUAAAAGACUUGCCACAUCGUCCUAUAUUAGUGCAUACAUUUGGCAAACAUAAUGUAUGCGCCGGUUUGUUUAUACUGGUUCAUAUUAGUAUACAACAAGCACAGCAGGAAGCUCAAGUGGAUAUUUGUCAUCAAGUCCAAAAUCUACGAACCCAGCGACCAAAUUGCAUUGACAGUGUGGAAGAAUAUUUGUUUGCUCAUCUUGUUUUACUUGAGUAUAUCAGCAUCCCACAACAUGCUUAUCCAUGUGAAUACUAUCCAGUCAUUUAUAAAAAACUAGAUAAAGACAAAUUAAGACAUGAAAUGAAAAAUAUUGAAGACUCAAUAAGGCUCAUGAAAUUGCUACGAACUAGAUAUCCUAUAUUUAACAACAACGACAACCCCGAAAAUAAGGAACAAUACAUAUUACCACAUUCAUCUCGCAGCGUUUUCUUAUCGCCUUCCAUAGAUGACAAUUCAUGCAAUUGUAUUGCCGUCUUUGUGGAUGGUUACAAGCAGCUCAACAAAUUUAUUGUCAUUCAACAUCCACUUAACAAUACUGUCGAUGAGUUUUGGAAAAUAGUAAUGGACAACAAUGUACAUUUAACAAUAUCAUUACAAACAGCAUACCAUAUCAAGCCCUGGAUAAGUGAUGGGCACUUUAUUACUCCUAAAGGUUUAACUGUGACUCAUUUAAAAGGUUUUGAAUCCGAUCAUUUUCACAUGCAUACAUUUAGAUUAAAACAAAAAGAAGUAUCAAUGGAAUAUAAAAAAGUAUACAUAAUUGAAGUUAAAGGAUGGAACGUAGGCCAAGUAUUGCCGCAUAGUUUGACUACUUUGGUGAAAACUAAACUUCAAAUGAAUAAAAUUACGUGUCCCGAAUUUAGUAGUAUUUUAGUAAUGUGCAGAAAUGGUGCCACAGCAUCCGGUUUAUUUAUUGCUACGUGUAAUCUUGUAGAUUCCAUUGAAUCCGAACAUGUGGUCGACGUGUUUACGACUGUACGAAAUAUUCGAAAUAAUAGGCGACAGUUCGUAACUGAUGAAAUUCAACUUCGUGCCUUGUUUGAUAUAGCAACUUUAUAUCUAAAUGAUGAUGACGAAUUCACUAACCAUUAGAUCACACCAAAGGAUUUACACAAAGUCAGUGAAAUACAGAAAUCCAUGCCGGUAUAGCGGUAUUCCAUUGGAAUUCCCGUAUUCUUCCUUAAAGGACACGGAAUUGGUACAAAUUCACUUGUGAACCGUCUUUGGACUUUUUUAUCAGAGGACAAAGAGAAAAAUUAACAUGUAUAUGUCGAAUUAAUCUCCUCCUCAACUACAUCAACAACACUCCAAUUCAAAUUACGCGUCAUUUAUAACAAAGUAUUAGAUGAAACGAAACAAAUUGGAUUGGCGUAACGAGAUGAGUUCUGGGUGCCCACUCAUGGGUGCCCUCGGAGUAAGUAUCUUCACCCAUGCUUCUCCUUUCCCUCGAUACCUUCGAAUCUUCUUAUAUCUAGAUGGCAUCCUUGUUCGUAUUCGAAUCCGACAUAUUCGCCAUUGUAGUAGUUAAGUAAAUUUGCAACCAUUGUUAGUGGUUGUGAAAUUGAUACAAGUCAAUCAUUCUAGUGAUUGUGCUUGAUGCUGCAAAUCAUUGUAGUGAUUGUGCAGGGUUGAAAACCAUUGUAGUGGUUUUGUAACAUAUUCUCUCAGGUUUGUGUGAUUCAAAUCUAUUAGUUGUUUAUGAAAUGUAAUAUUGCUGUAUAUGAAAGAGAUAUGACAGAGAUGUGGUCAGAGAUGACCGAGUAAUUAAAAUAUUCAAACAA